AGGGGAAAAGUAGCUGCCCAUUAAAGAAGGAGAGGGAACGACAGGAUCAAAGCGCAUCCCUCCGACGCUCGGACGCCAUGGCUCUGCUCCGCCGAACCUCCUCACGCCUCCCGCAGCUUGUGUCUCCUCAACGUAUAGUUUCCCUCCACACCACUCUUCCCUCUCUUUCCUCCGGCACUUCCUCGCCGACGCCGUAUGCUCGGCCACCACCCCCAUCCGCUUCCUCCCCUCCCGGUCUCUCCAAAGCCGCAGAGUAUGUGAUCUCCAAGGUUGACGAUCUCCUCAACUGGGCACGUCGUGGUUCCAUCUGGCCCAUGACCUUCGGUCUUGCUUGCUGCGCUGUCGAAAUGAUGCACACCGGAGCCUCCCGUUACGAUCUCGAUCGCUUCGGUAUCAUUUUCAGGCCCAGCCCUCGCCAGUCCGAUUGCAUGAUUGUCGCUGGCACUCUUACCAACAAGAUGGCCCCUGCGCUCCGCAAGGUUUAUGACCAAAUGCCGGAGCCUAGAUGGGUUAUCUCUAUGGGAAGUUGUGCUAAUGGGGGAGGAUACUACCACUACUCCUACUCUGUUGUUCGAGGAUGUGACAGAAUAGUUCCUGUUGACAUAUAUGUUCCGGGCUGUCCGCCAACUGCUGAGGCCUUACUAUAUGGACUCCUCCAGUUGCAGAAGAAGAUCAAUAGGCGGAAGGACUUCCUCUUGUGGUGGACAAAGUGAGGUCUACUGACUUUAUAUCUUGGUGACCAAGCUGUAUCCUCAUGUUAAAUAAGCAAUACACUAGUAGCAUGCGUUGCUGAAGACUUUGCAAAGGGAAUGAUUGUCUUGGAAUGUUGAUCACAUAUCACAUCGGAGCAUGUUAUUUGUUGUCUGUCGUUCUGCCCACCUUUUAUGGAAUUUCAGUCCUUUUGGACUUGCAUCUACUUCUUUAAGCUUCUUAUGUAUGUUGAUUAGACUGGAAAUAAAUGAGAGCCGAUGGUAGACUCAUAAGUUGUGGUGCGCGCUUUUUAGGCGUAACUAAUUUCUUUCA